AUGAGUUUCAGGGAAUAUUUGAUGGGGGAAGUAGCGCACCGCAGAAACCACGACGAUCGGAGUCUACGAUGUAAUGUAAAUGAACGAAGUAAUAAUCCGGCAGCAUGUUAUGGCCCAUCUUCCACAUUACAAAAAAUUAUGGAUUCCAAGGAAUAUUUCUACCACGAAGUUCAACAAACUGAUAAGAUGUUGUUCGAUAACAGAAGAAGAUCCCGUUUAUCGAGGGAACUACAAAGACGAUCAGAGAUUGAACGUUUACGGAGAAAAAGUGUAAGUCUGGAGCGAAUUGUGCCGACUCCCGUCAUUGUUGAUCAAUUUCUUGUUACAUUAACUAUGCAUGUAAAUCGAGUGGAAUAUUUUGAACUAACAAAUCCUAUUGGCAACGGAGGAUCAAAACUUGAUAACUUAGCCAAAAUUUCUGUCGAGUCCAAUACUAUUGUGCGACUACCGGACAAGGAUGAGAAUGAUCCCUAUUUAACAUCACAAGUAACUAUAACCGGAAGACUCGCCAAUGUGGAAAAAGCAAGAUUAAGAAUAAGAGAAUGUGGCUUGAUCGACGUCAUGUUUCCUUUGAGCAAUGUCAGACCAGAGGUACCCAUGGGUUCCCGUGAAGAGAUCUGUCAUUUCUUGCUACAAAAAGAGCUUCUUAGGUUUAUUCCCUCUCAUCUUCGGGUCCACAUCAUGGAUAGGAACUGUUUGUUCAAAACUUUCAUCGUCAAGAUAGUUGGCCGUACAACAGACGAAAAGAUCAUCAAUGAAACUAUUCCCAAACUUUUAAACAUUUUCUAUACACCUGAUGUAGCUGCUCAGAUUCCACUUGCAACACAAGUAGAUAUUCCUUCAUGUCAUCGGUAUCUUGUAUUCGGACAUGGAGAAGCUGUUAAUAAUAACCUGCUGGCCAUCGCUAAAUUAACGAACACAAGUAUUCUUUUCCCUGCUACAUUAUAUGGUGAUAGUCCAGUGUUCUCUUGCUUUAUUCUUGGAGAGAUAGAUGUUUUACAAAAGACGAGAGUAUAUCUUCAGGGUUUACUACCAGCCCAAUUGAGUUUCACAAUUUAUGACAGCGACCUUCGAUACAAACGAGAAACUGACAGCACUUACAAGCAUUUUGACCGCAACUCACAAGUUUUCUUACGCGUUCAGCCUUCUGAACUUCAACCCAUCGCUCGUCUUUCUAAUGACCCUCUUAUUCACUAUUUUUGUUUAUCUACAAGAGAGUAUAAUGUAAAUCGACUAUACUCUGUUGUCGAUUUGACAGUUCGAGGAAGUGACUCCUCCAAAAUUCCAGUCCCUCCGACUAAUAACAUGUUCCAGCAAUUAAUUCCGCUUUUGAGCGAUCCUUCUCUUUUUUUAAAUUUCAAAAGUAGAGCUGACCCAAAAAAUUUUCUUAUACCUCCUAUACGACGAGAAGUUGCGCCGUUGGAAGAAAGCAGAAACGAAACACCCGUACCCAAAGACCCCAAUAUAAGAAUCCCUACAACAGAUUCUGAUUCAUGUAGCCUGUCACAGUCAUCCUAUGAAGGAAGUAUCGGAAGGCCUCGUUUGAUCCCAAAAGUAGAUGAUCCUGUAUAUCCACCCUACCCUAACUAUAGACAACGAGUUCAACAGCCUGAAUUCCGUUACUAUAAUCAGUCUGCUUACUAUGGAAAUAGUACGUUUCCUACGAAUUCCAGCGGUUUUAGAGCUCCAACUUCAGAAUCGUUUCGAACCUACAGUAACGGUAGAUUACGGCCUAACGACAAGCGAACUACCUAUGGGAUGACCAGAGGAACUUGUCGUUUUUCCCCUUUUACCCCAAACAAGAGUGAGUUGUCACUCAAACCCAAAGUAAAAGAAGAUGAUGAAGUUUACUACGCCCUGAAUGAUAGCGAAAUCAGCGCAGCUAAUCAAAGUAUUGAUGGAGACAAGAUGAAGAGAUUCCUUUCACCCAAACCAAACCUGGGACAACAGCAAUCAUCCUUCAGAAAUCGUAUGGAUGAAGAUAACGCUGGCAGAUACAUCAACCAGCCUCCUCGUUUGCAGCCUCGUCGAGAGCAUCAUUAUGAAGAGAAGGUUCAGCUACGUUAUCGUACAACUAUUCCUACUGAAGAUGAUAACAUCACUAAAAUGAACCCAGAGUGUACCAGUCAGCAAGUGAUCGAGCCUCCAAUGUCGCCAUCUGGUGAAUCUAGAAGGAUGAAUGUCAUGGAACUGAUCAUGAAAGCAGCUGAAGAACCCCAGUCUGUCGCGAGGAAUCGGGAAAUGAAGGAGUCGAGUAAUGGUACUGCUGAGUACAAUGGUCGGACGUCUACAAUGGUUCAAGAGAGACAAAGUUUUUUGAGCCUCCUGUUUAAUAAUAAAAAGAUUAUGCAUCGAAAAGAAUCUUAUGAACAAUGGGAUUAUGUAUAG